GUUUCUGUCGGACGAAUAAAGAUCUAAGUACUAUCAAGGAUGAGAGCUAUUUCGAUUGCGGUAUUGUUAUUAUCAAUUUGGCAGGUCCAGGCGCGGAUGGCCUUGAAGGACAUCAUAGAAAGAUACGAAUCAAGGUAUGGGUUAAUUUUUGAUGCGCCAAGGACCUUAUCGGAGCGGUAUGGGUAUGUAACGCAGUCUAAAAGCGAGACCGACGUGCCCACAAGGAUACUUCAGUUGGGGAUCGAUAUCAACGUGCAUAGUUGCUCCUCUGCGCCUUUAAAGGCAAAAGUCAAUUCGCCUUUAAGUGUCGCUAUGGUAUUGGGAGAGCUUUUAUUGGGUGCUAAUGGGAAAACCUCCAAGGAAUUGGUCGAUGCGUUUGGUAUCGAUGGAAAUGGCGAGUUCCACAACGAGUUCGGCAAAUUGGUCGAUGAAUUUAGCCGAACUUAUCAAUUGAGAGGCCUGCGCAGACGCCACAUCCAAGUUAGCCCCAACACUCAUAAAAUUUCCAUUGCAAAUGGCAUUUUCCUGCAAACCGGCAUCAAUUUACGACCGAACUAUCAAUCGACAGUUCGAAGGAUAUACAGAAGCGAAAUCUCCAAUUUAGAUUUCCGUCAAGCAUCUGGAAUGCAAGCUCGAGACUAUAUAAACAACUGGGUCGAGAGGAAAACCCAGGGGAAAAUCCAUCAGAUCAUUGGCGAGGAGAUCCCUGAAGACAAGAAAAUGAUAAUUGUUAAUGCUCUAUAUUUCCACUCGUUCUGGAAAACCCCAUUCAUCAAAGGAGCUACGACGAGAGGCAACUUUUAUCCGGACGGAAUUCAUUCCAAAUCGAUUUCAGAUAUUCCAAUGAUGAUUGUUACCGGGGUAUUUCCGUACUACGAAUCCACAGAUUAUGGAUGUCGCAUUAUCGGAUUACCCUAUAAGGGAAAUGAUGCAGUUAUGUACAUUAUUCUACCGAACGACUCCAGCAGGAAGAGUUUGCAAGCUUUUCAGACUGAAGUGAAUGCAGAUGUGAUUCAAGGUUGGAUUCAACGGACCGAGCUGAGGAGCGUGAUGGUCUCUUUGCCUAAGAUGCACUUCCAAAGCGCAGUGAACUUGAAGGAAGCAUUAAAAGCGAAGGGUGUGCAUUCUUUAUUCGAUUCAAAGGAAUGCGAUUUGUCCUCAAUGGUUGCGACAGACACAACUGGUUCAAUUCCCCAGGAUAAUAAGGAUGAUUACAUCUAUCUGAUAAACCCUCGUGUUGAUGCCAUUGAAAGCAAAAGGACUCGAUUUCCUCCUAAUCGAUUGAUGCAUAAUUUGAGGACGUUUGGUCGGAGCUCGGAACAAUUAAAGGACAAUGUGUUUGUGGAGAAUAUCCUGCAUAAAGUAGAUUUGAAUAUCAAUGAAGCUGGUGCGGAGGGUGCAGCAGUGACGGCAACUACUCUGAGCAGGGUGGAUGUCGAGGAAGAUUUAGAAGUGAACUCUCCAUUUCUGUUUCUGGUACAACACACAAAAACAAAGCUGGCUCUGUUCUAUGGGGCAGUUUUUGACCCAACGAGCUGACUCUGGGAUGAGAUUGAAUGCGUUAUUAAUUUAAGAUUUUUUCAAGUUGUGAUAUUAGAUUUAGGUAAAUAUAAACUUU